UUUUACACUGGUGUGUGAAAAAUGUGGGGCUGUAUAAAAGAUUUCUUCACUUAUGAGACAACAAAGUCUGUGGUGGUGAAGAGCUGGACCAUCGGCAUCAUCAACCGAGUUGUUCAGCUGCUUAUAAUAUCUUACUUUGUUGGUUGGGUAUUUUUGUAUGAGAAGGCCUAUCAAGAAAGAGACACUGCUAUCGAAUCAUCUGUGACAACUAAGGUUAAAGGAUUUGGCGAGCACCACAAUAAAACCAUGGAUGUAGCAGACUUUGUCACACCUUCACAGGGGGCCUCUGUGUUUUGCAUCAUUACUAAACUCAUCACCACAGAGAACCAGGUGCAGGGCUUGUGUCCUGAGAGUGAGAAAAAAUUUAAAUGUGAACAUGAUGACAACUGCACAAAAUUAAUGUCAAAGCCAGGCUCAAAUGGUUUGUUAACAGGAAAGUGCGUGAACUAUGGUUCUCUGAAAACGUGUCAGAUCAGAGGAUGGUGUCCUGCAGAGAUAGAUGACAUCCCUAUAAAACCCAUGAUGGAGGUUGAGAACUUCACCAUAUUUAUCAAGAAUAGCAUUCGCUUUCCCCGCUUCAACUUCACAAAAGGAAACUUCUUACCCAACAUCAACAGCAGUUAUAUAAAGAAAUGCACUUUUGACUUUAAUCAAAACAGUUACUGCCCUAUAUUCAAGGUGAAAGAUGUGAUCCGCUUUAGCCAUCAGAACUUCACCAAACUGGCUCUUGAAGGUGGAGUGAUAGGCAUAAAGAUAGCGUGGUUAUGUGAUCUGGAUAAAUCAGAAGAUGAAUGUAAGCCUGCAUACUCCUUUACUCGUCUUGAUGCGAUGUCUGAGAAAACCAGUGUGUCACCAGGGUACAACUUUAGGUUUGCAAAGUACUUUAAAAUGGAGAACGGGACAGAGUACCGGACUCUGCUGAAGGCAGUCGCUAUCCGUUUUGAUGUGAUGGUCAACGGAGAUGCUGGGAAAUUUAAUAUGAUCCCAACUCUAAUCAAUAUGGUGGCUGCCUUCACUUCUGUGGGUGUGGGGGCUGUUCUUUGUGAUAUCAUUCUUCUCAAUUUCCUGAAAGGAGCUGACUUGUACAAAGCCAGGAAAUUUGAAGAGGUGUCAGAUGCACACAUUCAAAAAUCACUCUCCUACAACAGUGGCAUUUACCGGAACAGAGACCUCAGCGAGCUGUCAAUCAGACCAGAAGACAAAUUCUCUAAUGACUCAGGGGCUUUUUCCAUCGGACAGUAUGGUUAGCAACAUCUUCAGAACUACUUCUAGUAAAACUUAAACACCCUGCACAAUUUCAUUUGUAGCUUAACACAAAUAUGCACUGUAAAUAGCUGGAAGGUAUCACAUUCUAGUACUGAUUUUAAUAUAUGAGGUGUCCUAUUAGUAAUUAAGCAGAGAUUUCACAUUCACACAGAAAAAAAUGUUAACACUAAUGAUCGACGAUUUACUAUAUAUGCCAAUUUAAACCUAUGCAACAACUUACAGUAUAUGCAGUUUGGCAGUGACCAAAGAUUGUUAAACAAAACAAA